AUGCUAAUUGGAGCCGCGUCAACUGGCUCUGCUGCUGCUACUGCUGCUGCUGCUGUUGCUGCUGCUGAUGAUGUUGCUGUUGUGGAGCAGGCCGCCUCGUUGACGCUGGUGGCUGAGUGGGGGGACCGAUCCCAGUUGGCUACAUUUGCUCUCGCUGCUGACAGGAGCGCCUCUGCUGUUUGUUUGGGCGCCAUCAUCGGGCACGGACUCUGCACUGCUUUGGCUGUCCUCGGGGGGAUGGUCUUAGCCAAGCGCAUCUCUGAGCGCGUUGUGCUGGUGCUAGGAGGGAUAUGCUUUCUGUCUUUUGCUGCCUUCACCGCCGUGGGGGAGCUUUACGGUCUUUGA